CUCUGAUCACUGUGUUCGUUGCUAUCCUCAGCUGGAAAAGUUGUCUGAACAGCCAGAAAGGAGGGUUAGGGGCAUCAGGCAAUUACUGAAGGCUCAAUCUCGACCAUACGCUCCAUUUCGGCGGAAGCGGGAACCCACUCUCAUAGAUCAAUUCCACGCCGCAGCUAGCCGCCGUCGGGAGGCGUACGUUUCUCCACCUGCUCGCAAGACAAGUUCGUCGUCCAAGCAGCCAGCGACGCCCGCAUCAGCUCUCCCAUCCCUCCUCAUUUCCGGGGCAUAGCUCUGGCUCUUGAGACUUUGUCUGCAGUAUCCAUGACAGUCGAGAGGAGGUGGACGACCUUCUGCCGGAGAAGCACCCUUGCCUGUGCUCCUUUGAAGGAUUCUGCAUGCGAAAUCAAAAGCAACAUACACGAAUGAAGGGCGUCGAAUUUCCUAUUUUUCUUACCAUGUGUGACGGAUGACAGAAACCUAUCCGCUCACCGGCGCGACUCAUUGGGGCUCCCAGACGACGGAAGAGACGCUGCUGGACUCCGAUCCUGUAUUGUUUCCCACAUAAAAUGUAUAGAAACC